AUGUCACCCACCAACCCUGCAAGACCAUCCCAUGCAGAUUUCACUCUCCCUGAUUUUACGUGGCUCAGGACAGAGAUGUCAGCUGAACAGAAAGACGAGCUGGUUCAGUUGAUUAACCAUUACCCUGUCGUGGUCGACGAUCCUGCCAGGGACGGGGCUUGGGUCUCCUACUCGGUGGAGUACCAUGGUGCAAGACGGUCGCAGAACGCACCCUCCUGGAUGACGAACAAGUACGACCUUUGGUUUCGACACCCAUUGGUGAUCCUGGAGAAACAACUUGCAUGUCCAGAUUUUGACGGAAGCAUGGAUUUUGUCCCAUUUCGUGAAAGCACACCCGAUGGUAAACGCUUGUACACGGAUUUUAUGUCUGCCAAUUGGGCUUGGGAUCAGGCUGAUGUUCUUAGUCGGAACCCGAAGUUCAAGGGUGCGAUGUUUGCGCCUGUCAUUGUUGGUAGAGGCGAGAGCGCAGUGUCGCUGGACUCUGCUAGUCAAAACGAGUUCUACCCUCUUUAUAUCUCGCUUGGAAACAUUCAAGGUGUGGUGCGGUGCUCUCACCAUGACCCCAUGUCCUUGAUUGGUCUUCUCGCCAUCCCCAAAGCGAUGGUAGUACCUACUUUGAACCAUUUCGUCCCCAACUUUUCCGCUUGUCGUUGA